AUGGAACGAAUCAAGCAAAAAGCAGAGGAAAAGCCCGAGGAAUCAGCGGCCCGGCGCGCCGCAGGCUUCUCUCGCAUCGAAAAGAAGCUUCCUAGCAGAUUCUCGCGGCGACCUUCCGAUAUCCUGAGGUCCAUGUUCACGACGCUUCGCAGCAAAAACCCGCUGGCGCAACCGGUUAAUCUGGACGAGAACAUAGUGUGGCUAUUUGACAACCAUGCCUAUCAACCCAUCCAUCCAUACCCGCACAAGCCCCAGCCAUGGCAGAUCGAAGUGGUAGCUUGUGCGUUUGUGCGCGGGCGCAAUGAUAUCAGUGAGCAUAUCGCUACUGUCGCGGAUACCAUUGGCCUGGACGGCAAAAGAGGAGACGAUGGAGUCAUUCAGCAGCGGAUUGCGCAGCGUUUACAACCCCUGCUAUACUCUGUCGCCCCGGCGCGCACCAUGGUGCUCAAAGUGCCUUCCCCCCUCAGCGACAACACCAUUCAAGAUCAUGGCCUGGGUCCGACGAAUAGCGAUGGCAUUCUUUCGCAGAUUGUCUCGACUCCGCAUCGCUCGAUAACGGAUGGACUUGCAAUCACGUCUCAUUUGGAAGGCUCGAGUGGCACGGUGACAAUGACCACGACGUUUGCGGUCCCAGAAGGGUGGCUGUUGAUUUCCGACAUCGACGACUCCAUCAAGCUCACGCAGACGUCCGACGCAGUUGGAAUUCUGCGCACGACAUUCGCAGAGGAACCACAGCCGAUCCAAGGCAUGCCGGAGCUUUACAGACACAUUGAAAAGACACUGAGCCCAGCAUGGAUAUACCUUUCAGCAUCGCCAUACAAUCUCUACCAGUUUCUGCGUGACUUCCUUCACGCCUACUACCACCCAGGCACUCUCAUCCUUCGAGAGAACUCCUGGCAUGACCUGGGCGGAUUCUUAAAGUCAUAUAGUAUGGGGACGCAAGCAUACAAAGCCGAUCGAAUCGACAAAAUACACGGCUGGUUCCCGCAACGAAAGGUGCUGUGUGUGGGCGAUUCCACUCAGAGUGACCCGGAAGCAUACGCGGAACUGUAUAGGAAGUAUAAAGGCUGGAUCCGCGCAAUCUUCAUCCGCAAGGUGACCAAUAUCCCGCACAUGGACGAGAAGAAUUCAGACGGCAGAUUCCAGAAGGCCUUUGAAGGAAUACCGGACAAUGUCUGGACGGUCUUUGAGCAACCUGAGGAAUUAUACCAGCUUGUGGACAACCUCAAGGCCAACGAAGCAGCCGGGUCUAAUGCAUCUGGUGUCCAAGCACUGUAUGAGAAAUAG